GUAUGUUCCUGGUGAUGUUGCAGUCAUCCGUCCAAAAAAUUUGCCCGAAGAAGUGAACGAAUUUAUCAAAAUGAUGGAUUUAUCCAAUAUUGCAGAUGACGCUUUCGUUCUUAUACCAAAUGAUGAAGAUCAUAAAAUACCUUCUCAUUGGAAUUUUCCUUUAACACUGAGAAAAUUGUUUAAAGAUUAUCUGGAUAUUUUUAGUACACCUCGCCGAUCAUUCUUUGAAUUUUUAAAAUUUUUCGUUACAAACGAAGACCAUAUAGAAAAACUAAGAGAAUUUUGUUCUGCAGAGGGUCAAGAUGACUUAUACGCGUAUAAUCAACGUGUUCGGCGUACGAUUGCUGAAGUUCUUCAAGAUUUUUCCUCUGCUGAAAUUCCUUUAGAAUAUAUAAUUGAUAUGUUUCCAGAAAUACAGCCUCGACAAUUUUCAAUAUCUUCUUCUUUAAAAGCUCAUCCAGGACAGAUUCAUUUAACUGUUGCUAUAGUAAAAUAUAAAACUAAAUUGCAAAAACCAAGAGAAGGGGUUUGUACUAAAUGGCUAUCUGGAUUGGUUCCAGAUGAAUGUUUUAUUCCAAUCUCAAUUUCGAGAGGAACACUGGGAUUGCCAGCUUCAACUUCUACCCCAAUUAUUCUUAUUGGACCAGGAACUGGAGUUUCAGUUAUGCGUGCUUUCUUGGAGGAACGCAUAUAUGAAGGAGCGACAGAAAAUUAUUUGUUUUUUGGAUGCAGAUAUCAGGAUAAAGAUUACUAUUAUAAAGAUCAGUGGAAACAAUAUGUUGAUGAAGGACAAUUAAAAGUGUUUGUAGCUUUCUCUAGAGAUCAGAAUAAAAAAGUGUAUGUACAAGAUAUUUUAAAAGAAAAUGCACAAUUGUCUGAUAAAAUGCCUACAGAUGUUAUGGAUACUUUUAAAUAUAUUUUUAUAUCUGAAGGUAAAAUGAGUAAAGUGGAUGCAGAAAAAUAUAUUAAAAUAUUAGAAAUAUCAAGAAGAUAUCAACAGGAAGUUUGGUGA